AUGGCCAUCGAGACCACGACGGCCAAUGGACAGCACUAUGAGGUACCCACGCCCAUCAUGGCGGCCGUCCUGGGCUCGCUCAUGAAGUAUAGCGGCUGUCUGUUCCUCAAUGACAAGGAGAUGCUAGCCCAGGCUGAAGUCAACAUGCUGCAGAGCUACGUUGACAAGGCUGACAUCAAGAUGAUUAAUUAUAUCCCCAUGCCUAGCUGUGGCUGGGGCUCUGCGACCUUGUUUCUUGCCAGGCGCUUGCCCGACGCGACAAUCAUUGGCUUUUCAAACUCCAAGACACAGAAAGAGCACAUUGUCGCAAAAGCUAAGGAACAGGGACUGGGAAAUGUGCGCGUCAUCACCGGAGACGUGAUUGACUACGAAUUCGAGCACGAAAGCUUUGACCGAAUUCUGUCUGUCUCGCACGUCAAGAACUACGAGCUGCUCAUGGUCAAGACGGCGAGAGCGCUCAGGCCCUGCGGGCACUUCUUCGUCGACGUCUUUGGGCACCGAGACACGCCGUACCACUUCCAGGAGGACUGGAUGUCGACCCACUUCUUGACCGGAGGGACCAUGCCAAGCCAGGACCUGCUGCCGUACUUCCAGGAGGACCUAACGGUCCAGACGCAGUGGUGGGUGGACGGCCACCACUAUCGCAUCACUGCCGAGCACUGGGUGUUGAACUGGAAGGCCAAUAAGUAUAAGGUAUGGCCGCACCUGGUCGGCGCGUACAGGGAGGAGAAUGCGAGCGCGUGGUUCAACCGCUGGCUGGGCUACUACCUGGCGAUUUCCGAAAUGUUCGAAUAUGGAGAGGGGAAGACUUAUGGAGUCAUCCACCUUUUCACGAAGCGGCGGAACUCGCCACCGCAGGUUCGAGAGUGA